AUGCGUUGGUGUAACUUUGUUACACUGAGCGAAGUCCUAUGGCUCUCUUGCCUUAGCUCUGGGUCUGCCAGUAUCCUCCCAAAGGAGAGCCUUGUCCUGAGACAAACCCCUCCGAACCAAAAAGGCUUCGUCUAUCGCGGUGAUGGAAGAUCACCCCGAGACAUUCGUGGAACCGGCGGAUUCCAGCCACAAGGCGACGGCUGGGAGGACUAUGAUCCAUCUUUCGACCUUGAUCGACACUAUACUGCUGGUCCAAACGGUUGCGGGCUAGACGACUUCGACGAGCCCCAUUUCGUCUUUAGGACCGCCUAUGUUUCGACGGCACUAGGGCAGCCUACAGCAGAAACGUAUGGCCAAUGGCUUUACGAAAUUCGUGCAACACCAAACAUUCUGGACAACGAUUUCAGCGAAGGCGAAGUUAUGGCGCUUGGCGGAAUCCACUGGAGACAGAUUCGAAGAUAUACACGAAUGAGAGACACUACCGACAACAGAGUUGAUGAAGCGUCCUGGAUCGAUAAUCCUGAGUAUGACGCCGAAACAUACGAAAGAGGGCCAAAUGACUCUAGAUGCCGCGUUAGCACCACCUUUCCAGGCAUUCUAGCUGGUGAUUCGAAUAACACCGAUUCGGACAGCAGCAACUCUGACAACGAGUCCAAUGAAACCACUCCUCCACGCCGCCUGUUCAGCGCAGCGGACCGUUUCAUGGACCAGACUCCUGGCGUGUUCGAACUAUACGGUGGAUUUCCGCCUAGCUUCACACAGUAUGCCCCUAGGGACGAUGUUCCCGGGCCGGACCAUCCUGCGCCGCCGGAAGCAGCAGAUGCCCAAGUCGGGAGCCUUUUGCAGCAUUAUAUCGACAUGGGAGCUCAAGAACUCGACCGACUCUUUCCCGAUGGCAACCAGAUGCUACAGGAGCUUCUGAGAGAUAUCAACCCUGUUGGGUGUCCCUCAGUCACAGGCUUCGGGUCGCAUUUGGGUAGAUCAAACCUGAGGGUUGAUCAGAGAGCUCGCAGAGCAGUGGCCAGUAAACAGGGUUGCUGCAAGAUACUUUCAGGUUUCAGAAAGAAGACACAGGAAAAAGGUGCGCAGCUAGAUGUUGAUAUUUGCAAGAAUAGCCAUCUCAACCCACCUUGCACCACCAUCAAAGCCCCCCGCGGCAAGUGCGUCGCCGUGCCGCAGGAGUACAAGGACAACGUAUCUGGCGUGAAGGUGCACGACACUGCCGGCAUUUGCCGUUUUUAUUUGAAACCUGAGUGCCAGGGCGAGUACUUCGAAGGUGGUCACCACGGCGUUGAUCUCUAUCAGUCGCGCCCCAAAUUCAAUGACAAGGUCGCUUCCUUUCUUUGCAACACGCUCAAACUAGAUGCGGCACCCGAGCGAUGGGAAUGGGCCCCAGAAAGUGAAAAGGCACUCUGCGCUCGUGUGGAUAAGUUGUCCUUUGACUUUGAGCUGGCUAACAAUUAUGGAUCGGGAACGUACGAUAAGAUCAAGCUGGACUUCAAGGGCGCGGGGCAGAAGCCACACGUCAUAGUGGAAGGCCCCUCGCCAGGCUACAAGACUUAUCAGGAGAUUGACAUGGUGGACAUUUUUGGAAUGGAGACUGUUGCGCUUGACCAGAUCAAAAGACUCCGCCUUCUUGAUGAGAUUACAGACCAUUGGUUUGGAGGAGACCCCUGGGAUGUCUUUGGGAUCACGCUAAAGGCACGAUGCGCAGGCUCCGGGAUCGACAUUGUGCUCGACAAGUUCGCCUCCCUUAACAAGGAAUUGCAGGCCAAGCCUACCGAGCCAGGCCGGUUCCAGUAUAACAGGGACUGGCAGGCCUGGGCCGACAAUGUUGACACCAAAAACUGGGCUGCUAAGCCUCUAUGUAGCCAUUUCCAAAGCCUCGACAUCAAUCUGCACAUCGCCGAUGCAAACUGGGCUGGAACUGACAACAACCUAUACGCCAAGGUGGGCGAGGGCAGGUUUCUGCUCGCUCGCCAUCCUUCUCGCCGGGAAGUGUUCACCGUCGACAUCGAUCUAAAGAAGGCUUACAGCACCAAGCUCGUCCCCGUUCCAAAAGUUGAGCUUGUGGGUAUCUCGAGUGAAGGCGGAAACGACGCGGUGCUGCCUAGCGAAGUGACGGUAUACGGAAUCUGCUCGGGAGCACAUACAUCACUCUCUGUUAAGCAGGAAAUCAAGGACUGGGUGUAUGAUGGCCAGCAGUUGAACAUUAAGCUGACUCCCGAGAUGUGGGUAAAGGUUUAG